CCCGAAAGUCCAAAACACUUGCCUUUGAAAUGUAUCUUCAGCUUCAAAACAAGACGUGGCUGUGCGAUCUACACCUGAAGACAUGCCUCAGCGACUGGGACAUGAACGAGGAGAUGAAGCUGGCCGCAACUACUGACCAGUUCUUUCAAGAUGAGAAGCUGAAUGACCAGUACCUGGUUCGAUGGCACUAUGCACGCUUCUCCAGGCGCAGCUCGUCGGGGAUGGAGGAAACGCAAGCCCCGCUCUACACUGAGAAGGAAGAAUCUAACUUCCAGCCCAGUCUCUGGUUGAUGGUGAACCCCAGGCUGGCCUGCCCCAUCAAGUACCCACAGGUGGAGCAGCCCAAGCCCCAGCCUGGUCCCCCUCUGAUGGAACCGAAACACUCGCCCCUGCCCCCUGCCCCUUCCUCCCAGUCAACUAGAGAGGAUCUGAGCCUGGACGAGUCCCUGCUCUACACGUCUUCAUCCAGCGAGUACAUGUUCACAGAUGAUGACACUUCGUCCCUCGAUAUCCCUGUUCCGCGGAAACCCAAAAGCUCUCCCAAGCUGAGGAAGAAGCCCCUGAAAGAGAAGGCAGUGAAAAUCAAGUCCCUGAGCAAGAGGCUGCAGACGGUCCUGCAGGAGAGCAACAACCUGAAGAAGGGGUGCUGGCCGCGGCCGCCUAUCAACUACUGCAUCCUCAUCGCCAUGGCCCUCAACAGCAGCUGGAGCGGCAGCCUCAACGUGCAGCAGAUCUACAACUUCACACGAGAGCGCUUUCCCUUCUUCCGCACGGCUCCCGACGGCUGGAAGAACACGAUCCGCCACAACCUGUGCUUCAGCAACAGCUUUGAGAAGACGCCGCAGCUGGUGUGCAGCCAGGGCAAGCGCAAGUCCUGCCUGUGGAGGCUCACCGUGGACGGGCGGCGUCGACUGCGCAGAGAGAUCCAGGGGCUCUCCGGCGACUCCUUCAAGGUGCUGCGCAUGAGCAUGAUGGAGCCAGAUUUGAUCACUGGCUUGUUAGAGAUGUAAUCCCCCUCCAUUAACAGCGAGUGGUCGAUUCCGGCCUGACGCCCUCUUGUGGACAAAGAUGUUACUACCACUGAGCAGGCUGCAGCUGUUCCCAGUUCACAAUGAAUUGUGCCUCCAUGGUCCCUAAGCUUCUUCACACAGAGCCCACACUUUGAAGAACAAGGUUUGGUGAUGAAAUCACCAAGUGGACUCGUCUGCUUUUUAUGUUUUAAUGAAUGCUGGAAGACAACGGACCAUGCAGUUCUUGAGGCACUACGUUUAAUUUCCUCGGGUUUCUGCAGAAGUGUUUGAUUUAUAAUUCACUUUACAGUCCUUGUGUGUGUUUAUCGGUACAGAUUUGUAAGGAAUACUGAACGCAGUCUGUACCUUACUGAAAGAGCCUAUUAUAGUCUCUUUUCAUUUUUUCAAUAGAAAACUAGACUUGUGUAAAUAAUGUAAACAAUGAGUAUUUUGUGUGUAUAUAUACUAGGAAAUUACAUUACAUUGAUUGAAAAUUUGGUUGCAACUUUUCCCCCAAUUGCUGUGUAUUAACCAGUAAACCUGUUUUCUUUUCUGCUGCUUUAUAAAUACAGCUCCUACCUCUAGAAAUUCAAUUCUGACAAAGAUGUUCCUCUUGUUCUGAAAAAGAAAUAAACAUAUUUAUCAAUUUC